ACGGUGAAGAUGGCGCCGACUGGUGGUCGGAUGCAGAGUGUUAUAUUAUGUUUUAGUUUUUUGAUGGUUUUUCUUCAGUGUUCCGCUUACAGGAAAUAUAGUUUAGGGCAUGACAAGGUUUGUUCACACGUGAAAAAACAAACAAUUAAACUUCCUCCAGAAAAUGGAAUUUUAAUUACUGAACAGCGAACAUUUGAUAAGUGGUCUGGAUACAAAGAAUUUCGCUGUAAGUUUAAAGUUGAGCUUCUAGGUGAAGGAGAUUUGUUUGCGGUGAUACAAAAUGUAACUUUUAGAAAGGAUCCAGUUACUGGUGAAUGCAUCGAUUAUGUACAGCUCACAGGUGAUGAUAAAAGAAUGAAGACUGAGAAAAUUUGUGGGACUGUCAAUGCAAUAAAGCGUCUUUAUGGAAAUGCAGUACAAUCAUAUUCAGAUACCGUACCAAUAGCUUUUGUGGAUUCUGAUGGUGAAAUAUCAGUUGAAGUAUAUGUGGCUAAUGAGCCUCUGUCUUCAAACUCUGAGGAACUUACAUUUUCACUGGCAUUCACACGUUCUGUUCCCUGUUCUUCUCGGAACGCUUUUGUUUGUGCAGAAGACAAGUGCAUACCUGAGGAAUUCAAAUCAGAUAGUAUAGUGAACUGCCCGUAUGGAAGUUGUUUAGAUGAGCACUGCACAUUUGGAGAGUAUGAUGAUGAUGGACCCAAGGUGCCUAAGAGCGGACUAGGCACAAAGGUGGUGCUCGGUGCCGUUGCAACAGUGCUCCUGGCAUUUGUGCUGUUCCUUGUAAUCAUCUGGGUAUUACGACGAUGUCACAAAGCUUGCUGGAGUGCUCCACACCAGCGAGUUCCAGUCUCAGCAGCUGAAUCGGGUGCACUUGCAGAACAUCUUGCCUACAAUCGGGGAAGUAGCCCUCUUGGUCGUACAUCGUCGAGUUCAGGACAUGCACAAUCUCAGUUUCCCCCCACAUCUGUGAUGGUUGAGUCUGUUGCUACUUUGCCACCAUCAGCACCUCCGGCACAUCUGGCAGCUGACAAAGACCUCCCACCAUCUUACGAGUCGCUCUUUCCAUCACGAUGAAGCAUGUGCAUUGACUCUGGAUGAGGUGAAUCAAAUUAAUCUAAGAAUCAAACACUUUCGCAUCUCAUGUUCUCAAAGCAGCAGUUUGAGACAUCAUAUGCCAUUUUUUAUCAUCGUCAUGUCACUUUCCUGUUAUCUCUCUUUCAUUGAUAUGUAUGAGGUUGCAACCUUGUGAUUAUGCUAUCUAGUUUUACAGAUCUGCUAUGAAGUUAGUUAUAGAAUAUGAAUUUUGAAUGUAUGGCCUUUAUAGCAUAUGAAGAAAAGAGGCAGCAUGUAAUCUGAAGUUUGUAAUGACCAGUUUUCAGGAACAUUUAUGUUGGAGAUUAUGAAACCUAUAUAAGGUGAUUCAAAAUUCCUAUUACAAGCUUCUAGGGGUUGUGGAGGGGUCUUAGUAGAUAAAGUUUUCGAAAGGAAUCAGUGCCCAGGAAUUCAGUGUUUGGUAGUAAAAUCAGUUUGAAGAGCUGAUAACUUCCAAAUCUUCAGCUGUUAUGGUAUGCACAGAAGUUGAGAAUUGGGCACUGUCGUCAGUCCCUGUUGUAAUUCUGACGCCACAUAACACCUUUAUCUGACUACAACAACGGCUGAAAGAAAUUGGCACUUUUGAAAGUAGGUGGUUUGGCUGUGAUGUUCCAUGGACAUGCUGCACUUUCAACACUGAAGAGGACACAGAUGAGAGCCCGAGGACAAGUACUCAAAAUAUUCAUGUGCUCCUACAGCACACAAGUCAGAACUCGUUAUCUCCGCUUUGUGUAUACCAUGAGGAGUUUAAGUCUCCUCUGCAACCCCUAGAAGCCUGUAAUAGGAAUUUUGAAUCGCCCAGUAUUUGGCAUUGUGUAAUUUUACUUGGGCACAAGUAUUAUAACUGCUGAUAAUUCGUCGAUACGUGGUGGCCAGAAACAGUAAAUCAAUGGUUUAAGAUUGUUUCAGUCAAAAUGCUCUUUUUCAGUGUCUCAGAGACUCAGAAUCGUUUUUUAGCUUCGCUUUGGGUUUGUGAUCAUCCUUGAGCUCAGAUUGAAUAUUAUCUCUGCUUGUUAAAAUGUAUAAAAUAAAAUCUGCUGUGGUGUUAAUGUAAAUUGUAAGUUCGUUACACUUGCAGUGUUCAGCAAAAGCUCAUGGCAUUUUCUUGGAAAUAUGAUAAAAUCAGUUGCAGAAACUUACCCAUUCUUUGACAAAUGUGCUAUGGAAAAACUCUUAUCCAAAUAUGUGGCUAAAUUGUGAUCUUGCCUACAUUUUCAGUAAAACAUUUCUGAGUAGUGUCAGCAUUACAUACCUGCAAACGUUUAAAUGGAGAAUACCCCUUUGUUUAUAAGAACAUUCACAUUUAGGGAUGAGAAACAUCCAAAUACAAUUGUUAGAUAUUGUUUAUAUUUCCUUCCUUUCAGCUUAGAGGUUAGUAUGUAAACAGCAACAUCUGGUAUUGAUGGACAGUAGAAAACAUAAUAAUUGGAAAGAGUUUUAAUUAUUGAUAGCGACCUUGUUCUUGGAAAGUUUUAGCUCCUAAAUAUUUUCCUUUGGUAUAUUUUCUCCUUCAUUUGAUGUGUACAUUGUUAUACAUGCUGAAUUUCCUUCUGCAUACAUGUGUGCACAUGCACACCUGCCCAUCCAUAUAUACUGUUUUAAUGUUAACAAACAUGUGUAUCAAAGUGGCUAUAUUAUUUUUGGUUGCCAUGGAGUCACUCAGACGUUAUACCUGAUCUUAUUUUCUCUUCGUGUAUAAUAUAGGUACUCUGAUGUUGGGUAUACUUUCUGCAAUGUCUGAUUCAUUCCAAAAUGUCUUGUUAGUUACUUUUGGUUUUGAUUACACUUUUGUUUCACCACACUUAAGGAUGUCACUUCUCUAAGAGCUUUUAGUGAUAGGAAACUCUUUUGAAGAAUAUUAUUUGGGUUAAUACGUAGAUAGUUAUAUGUUUUGGAUCUGCAGAAUUUUUUGUUUUCUGGAGUGUACAUAAAGGUAAUUUUUAUGAUGUAGCUAUCAUUGAUAUUGUUGGCAUUUGUUUAAGUAAUUAUUGUCUGAUGGCAACUUAUGAUGUUAGUGCCAUUUUCCAGUUUUGAUGGUACUUAAAGUGGAAGGAUAUUUGUAAAUUAAAAAUUCCCUAUGAAACAGUCAGGUGUAUGUCCAGUGAUCUUUUUCCCCUGAGUGCUUAAAUGAGAGAUACAAUAGGAUUACAAUAUAGAAGCACAGUGGUCAUCAGAUUUCUGACAUUACUUCCAUUUAUGUGGGGAAUCAGCCAAUCCCAUGCAAUACAAAGGUACAGUUCAAAAUGAGAAUUUUAAAGUUGAAAACUCGCGUUCCUUCAUGAAGAGACUUGUAAAUGAAUUAUAGAUUUCGAGAGUCUUAUCAUCUUUUCUGGAAGUUACUCUACAUUAAUUUUGCCUAGUACUAAACACUUGCCAUGUUGAACCAUCAAAAAAUGAAAGGUCACCGUUUAAAAGUAAUGUAGAUGAAUCAUUCCGGUUGCAAGCUGCCUCUUUUAUUACGUGGCAUAGCUAAAUGCAUUAAUAGUCCCAGAUUUUUUCCUUUGGCCAGCUCAGUAGGAUCCUUUACUCAGAAAGCAAAGCUAUGGGGGAUGCUAGAGAUUUAUUGAUCUAAAGAUACUCUAAGCGCUGGAGUCAUUAUUAUUAUUAUUAUUGUUAUUAUUAUUAUUAUUAUAAUUAUUAUAGUUUCUAUGGAGCACAGUGUCGGAAAUACCUUUUUUUUAAUAGUGAGGAAUUUUUAAUUCCAGUAAUGUUGUUGGUUAACUACCAUAUAGGAUUGUUGCACGAUGAAAGCAUUCAGCUGUCAGUUGCAAAUUGCACUGCAGUUAUCAGAUGAGGUGACACAACAGCUAUUGGUUUUAACAAUUUAGAGGGGUAUUUCUUUGAUCACUCAUGGAGAGCAUUGGGGGGAGAGCAUUGUCAUCAGUGAAAUAAAGACUUGAGAAUCUGGGGAUUAGGCAGUACUUUUGUGCGUGUGUGCGUGUGUGCGUGUGUGUGUGUGUGUGUGUGUGUUUUAAUUCCUUGGUGGCAGUUGACAUUGUUUAUUGAAUAUUUUAUAUUUUUGUAAUGUCUUAAGGAAUUAUUUGUUACCGAUUAUCUCUGUGGUGCUUUCUGUACUUGCUCAGUAUUUUUUAAAUGUAGUUGUCUGAAUAUAUCGUGUGUGUGUGUGUGUGUGUGUGUGUGUGUGUGUGUGUGUGUGUGUGAGAGAGAGAGAGAGAGAGAGAGAGAGAGAGAGAGAGAGUGUUUGUUAUCUUGUGUGCUGUAUAAUUCUGAGUGUAUCUAUUUUUAAGAUGUAAUUUAUAAUUCCAAGACUUAAAUUAAGAAUUAUACUCGUGAGAAAAAUAUUGUCAUGGCUGAUCCAAUCUGUCACUAACAGAAUGAAUCCUUCUGCAAUUGCAUGUUUCCCUCUUUGAAACAAACAAAACGAGGUGAAAGGGAAAAUAUAAGAGGACAUAAAACUACAGGGUUCACAGUGGCUACUUAAGGAAUUUGCAAAGAGAUGUUGGCUACACUCUGUCCAACAAUAGCUUGGUCACCCUAGUUUACAAUGUAUCACGGGUUGAUCUGUUAAAAGAACUGAAAUAUAUAAAGAACAGUGCCUUUAAUAACUGCUUUUGGCAUAUAAUUACCACAGUUGCCCUGAUCAUUGUGAUGAUGUGACAUUGAAAAAGUGUGCUCAAAGAUAAUUUCACAGAUAUGAUGGUGAGCAGCAGUGACCUUGGAUUGUGAGAAGUAACUACCGUGAAGGAGGUCAGAGCCAUACCCUUAAGAUAUUACCUCUUUUCAUGCAACUAAUAAACAGAUUUUUUGUUGAAUGAAAAAACAAUGAAAAUCAGAAACUAGAAACAUGUUAUAGAGAUUCAGCAGCAGAUUCACGUAAGCUCUGCACAUUGCACAGCGAGGGCCCAUUAAAACAGUUGUAUCAUUACUGAGAUGAAAUUUAUAUACUCUUUAGUGGGAUGUUUGCUUUGAGAAACUGUUUAAAGUCAAAGCCAUGUUCUUACGAGGGCUUGAUACCAGAUUUCAGUCUAGUGGGAACUGUCUGCAACUAAAAAUGUUCACAUAUCUGUUAUCACCUCCGUCGCACUGGUUCUAUUUAUUACUGUUUGUUUACAUUUGUUCAGGACCAGUCAUAGUUUUUCUUGCAUUCCUCUCUGUAUGACCUAUUCUACAUAUGUGAAGUUGUAUUUCAUUUUUGAUUUCUUGUAUGUUCAAGUCUUGUCUGUACUAUUGACCAAAUAUUGAAACAGUUUUGGCUUCAACACACAUGUUGUAGCUUGUUAUAAUUUAGACAUUUCCUUUAAUGUCAUGUAGAAAUAGAAAAUUUUAUUUGGUGCGCUACUCAAAAGACAUUUCAAUCAUGUUGAUUCAAGAGUCAGUAGGUACAGUUUUUAUCCCACAACAUGACUUGUAAUUUCUUUACAAAUAUAACAGGUUUACAAAGUUGUGCCAUCAGUACAUUUUCCAUUAAUGGCAGUGAAACAGUAGUAUUCUGUUACAUCUUUGUUGUAGAAAGAGCAAUAAUUAAUAUUUUAGGUGUUGGUGUAUGCUUCAGUGACGAAAGGAUGGAAGAGACCAUUCACUUGAAGAGAAUUUUACAUAAAGGAUACUCAGGGAUAAAAUCUCAAUUUCUUGUUGUGAGUUUUCAUACUUUUGUUGCAGUAGAGAAGAUCUGAGUU